UAGGCAGCCACCUAACUAGCAUUGGCUAAUCCGUGUUGUUGGCUAAUGCUACUAGCAUGUUGUUUAGCUAGCCUUGCAAAAUUGCUACAAAUUGGCAACAAUGAUACGACCACAUAUUCACUAUUUACAUAUCUUAGAUGCAUGUCGGGUAUUGUUCUCGAUAUGUGUGGUGUUUUGUAUAUCAUUGUAUAGGUUCUAAUUUUUAAAGGUUUAAAGGAGCUAUUUAAAAAAAAUAGAUGGCGACCUGCGCAGUUGCGAUGGCGUGUGUUUACUAUCGCAUUGAGCUACCUCGACAGCUCCCUUCCAGUUUAAGGAAAUGGGUGGAUUUUUAUUGAGAAUUAAAUGUUUACAUAGGCACAUCUUAAAUGUGAAUCUGUUAAUAAUGAAAGUUAUCUUAUGAAACAUUCAUAUAAUUUGAAAGAUAAAUAUAGCUUUGUGUUUCUGCUUCUCGGCUAAUUGGAUUACACAUUACAACUAACGUCAGAACUGUAUUGUGUUAUAACACUAUUAGGCACAAAAUACUGCUUUAAAUGCAGAAUUUACGGGUAUCGUUCCAUAUUUAGUGAGGUUUAGCCCGUUAGAAACUAGCGGUGGGCAGCUUAUUGCUGAAUCACUAUGACUUUAUGAAAUGGUCACAUCGGUUUACAACGACGCCUCGUGGUAGGACAGACGUUUUUGAGUGUAAGGUCACUUCCCACGCAUUUCGGGAAACAGUAAGGUCAAAGAUCCACCGUAAACUCACCAGAGCCUUUAUUUAGAACAAUAAUUAUAAUCCAGUCUAGACGUCUAUGUUAGAGCUGAGUCAUUCUAUUUGACAUCUAUCAAGUUCUUAUUGUGAUCUCGUUCCUUAUCCUAAUUAGGGGAAGGGGAUUUUAUUGUUAAUGAUUGUAACAACACAUGAUAACCUACAUCAAACGCAAUAAUAACUUCUAAAAUAACACUCAAAACAUAGCUGCCACUUGUCCUGAAUAGAUCAAAUAUUAAAAUGUAAAAGAUAUCCUCCAAAUACCAAGUUUCACAUGCAAGAGUCCAAUCCAGCCAGUGGAGGCUCCUCAGAGGAGGAAGGGCAGGACCAUCAUCCUCAGUGAAAAUAAAUGGAAACAUUCGUUAAACCUUUUAGAUAAAACUAUACUAAAAUAUUCAUACUAAAUAUAUUAAUGUCACCAAAUAAUUGAUUAAAACACACUGUUUUGCAUUGAAGGUCUACAGUUGCCUCAGCAGCACCAGGGUAGCACCAUGGUGUAGACGGAAUACAGUUAUAUUCCUUCGUCCUCUGGGUACAUUGACUUCAACACAACCUAGAAGGCUCAUGGUUCUCACCCCCUUCCAUAGACCUACACAGUAAUUAUGACAACUUCCAAACCGAUCAGAGCUCCUGCAGCAUGAACUAGCAUGUUGUCCACCCAAUCAAAAAAUCAGAGAAUGAAUCUAGUACUGAAAGCUACAGCUAGCUAGCACUGCAGUGCACAAAAUGCGGUGAGUAGUUGACUGAAAGAGAGACCAAUAGUUGAACAAAUUCAUUUCUUCCAAAUUAAGAAGUGAGAGGUUGUAUUUUUUUAAAUUGUAACUUUUACUUAGCAAGCGAAUGCAGCUCGCUAGUUUUAGCCUACUCAAACACCCAGCUCAAAAAGAGAGGGAUGCUAUGUUAGCAGGCUGGUUAUCAAAUACUGGAACUCUUCCAAGUCCAGGUAAGCGUUUGGUUUUAUUUUAUUGCCACCGGGGCCUGCCGGUGUAACUGCUGAACUGCUUUCUGACUGCACUGUACUGCAUGAUUAAAGAAGGUUUACUUACGCGUCAGUUCUAGUAGCUAUGUUGACAAUGGCGUGACAACGAUGUAUGCUGUGUGUAGCGGUUAGCGGUCAUGGUAUGAAGGUUUGGCUUGGAAAGGUUUUUGUGCCUGGCUAUAGACAGCUGAUGUACAAUGAAGUCCACAAGCGAAGGGAAAAGGUGAGAAGAGGCGAGCACGUAGAUAGUUGCAAGACUACAAAGGGAAACCAGCCGCAUCGCGGACACUGACAUCUUGCUUCUGGACAAACUAAACACCUUCUUCACCCAUUUUGAGGAGAACAUUGUGGCACCGACACGGCUCGCUACCAAGGACUGUGGGGUCUCCUAUUUCCGUGGCCACGUGAGUAAGACAUUUUCGCGUGUUAUGCCUCACAAGGCUGUCGGCCCAGACGGCAUCCAUAGCCGUGUCCUCGGAGCAUGCGCAGACCAGCUUGCUGGAGUGUUUAUGGACAUAUUCAACCUAUCCCAGGCUGCUGUCCCCACAUCAAGAUGUCCACCUUUGUUCCUGUACCUAAGAAAACAAAGACCGUCUAUAAAUCUGUGUUUAUUGGUGUCGGAGACACAGGAUAAAGCCAGAUCAUGACGUCAGAAAGAAGCAGCAAAGCCCUGAAGGUAAAGCGGGAGUGUGGAGAGAACGUUCCGGUGUUGUCGGACAGCGAGCUCAUGUCCCUGUCUGUACGGGAGCUCAACUUGCACCUGCGGGGUUUGUCCCGCGAGGAGGUCCAGAAGCUCAAGCAGCGCCGGCGCACUCUGAAGAACCGUGGCUAUGCUGCCAGCUGCCGGGUGAAGCGCGUGUCCCAGCGCGAGGCCCUGGAGCAGCAAAAGAAGGAGCUCCAGAGGGAGGUGGAGAGGCUGGGUGUGGAGAACGCAGGGAUGAGGAGAGAGCUGGAGGGCCUAGGGGCCAGGCUGGCAGCCCUGCAGAGAUUUGCCCGUGGGUUAGAGUCUGGAGGGGGCAACCUCCUGGCUACAGCCCCACGCCUCAACACAGCCUCUGUCAUUACCAUAGUGAAGACCCCGCCACAGGCCCACGUCCAGAGAGAGCAGGGGGGUUCCUAGGAGGAACCGACCGGGCUGGAGACAGACAAACGCUUGUACAUGUACACUCAUAUACACAGGCACGUACAUACACUCUCAUAUAUAUAUAUAUAUAUAUAUAUCACACACAGCUAAACACAUGCACGCUUGGAGAGAGCAGGAGGAUUGGAGGAAUAGGACAAAUAGGCACUUAUGAAGCUCAUGCGCUUCGGGUGACACAGACACACACACACACACACACACAGACGUACGGUGUUCACAGGCAGUGACAAAUAGUCUCUAAACCCAGCCAACACACACUCAGACAUGCGUGGACUUAAGGAAACACGAUGGUUGACGAAUCCAACUAAAGUACGACAGACGUGCAAAACAGGGACACAGACACCAUCCGUGGACAAAGCCAGUCUUGCUGCUGGUGCUCUCUGUAACUGCUACUCAACAGGCCCGAGCCAGCUAACACUCUGCCUUCUGGCAUGGCAUCCAGCCCUGAUACACAAUGUCUGGGUUAAUCAGACUCUUCCACCGCUUCUUCUAAUGCUUUGACUUUUUAAAUGGCAUCACUAUUGACAUCUGUACACGUCUUGGAGUGUUGUUCCUCUGUACUUCUAGUGUGUCGAUACUAUUGUGCUUCACUGUGCUGCCGUGUGUAGUGGUUACAUGGGUGUUUUCAACUGUACCACAGUGCACAUUUUGGUUUGCUAUUAAAAAAAAAACAUCCUUUGCUUGUCUCUAGAUUCCCCAACUUGCAGAAGUUGGUCAUUGCUGGAAACAGUUGAAUAAUCAACAUCUCGUAGAAUGCUAUGUCAAUGCAAAAAUCAAUUGAUGCAUUCCUUUAUCUGUUAUUUUAUAAUGUUUAUACAAGAGACAAAUGUUUGAGCAAACGUUUAUUCAGAGGUAUUCUAUUUUAUGUGUAUUUAAAGGAUAGAUAUUACAAAGCUAAUGAGUGCUGUGAUGUAAUGUAUGUUUCAAAUACCUGGAUAUGACUAGUUUGGGGAAAUUCUCAAGUCUACUUGUUGUAUGGAGUGUGACAAUUAUUUUUGUAAUGUUUAACUUGUAAUGAGCUGUUUUAGAUAUGCUAAAAGCCAACGGUCAUGUUGCUGUAAGAUGAUUUUAGUAUGUGUGUACACCAUAUUUGUACUAAUUUCAUAGUGAGUCGUGUGGCUUGUUGUAGGGAUACUAUUUUUCUAUAAAGUACCAAGGUGAUUGCGAUGAUACGUAUUGUUAUUUAUGAUAAUUAUUAUUUUACGUUUUGUUUUCUGAAAUUGCUCGAAAGGGAGACAAACACUGUAAGGAGAAAGAAUGAAGGAAAAGAAUGGUAGAAGAAAAAGAGAUGGAUAUGAAGAAAAGAUGUGGUGGUAGAGAGGAUUUGGGAGGUGAUUGAGGAGGUCAAAGAGAGAGGACAGAGAUGAGUGGUGCUUAAUUCACCUGAAAGCCUUGUAACAUCCAGGAUUUAUCAAUAAACCCCUGCUGACUCCACUAGACAGUUUGAUUCGACAUUCGGAAAUUAAUGGCAAUAUAAAUUUAAUCUGUCAAUAAUAUGACUCAUUAUAUUGUGUUGAUUAAUACUCCCUUAAGAUAUACUUAGCUAUCUUCUCAAUAUCAAUGUUGCAUAGCAUUUAUCCUCUGUCUCAUAUAAGAUUAUUAAUGUCAAAUUGUGCUGGAUGUUUUGUACAGCAAAACUAAAAUGGUCUGUAUUUAUUACAUGUAUUUUUUCUAUGGUGAAAAUUAAGUACAUUGUCUAUUUUAUAUAUUAACUGAAAUAAAUGUUGUAUAUAUUGUGAA